AUGUAUGCAGUUCGGUUCAGGGCCUUCAGGUGUUUGUUUUCUGGUAAACCGGUUUGUCGGGACGCUUGGGCCAAGCGAGGGAGUGAACCAUGGGUACGCGAUCUUGGGUGCGAGGGGGUCGCUCCUUGCUUUGUUGAUUUGGAUUUGGUCGGUCGCGGUUUUUGGUGGUCGAAGGGGACGGCCACCGGCAGCCUUUGCAGGAGAGAUGCUGUUCUCCCGUACGCAAUUUGUAUGUCUGUUAGAUCCCCAACCCGCCGUCGGCCCCUGUUAUACAAGUCAGCCUCGGCGCCCCACACGGAUUCAGGGGAACAAGAACACCGGGGCGGCAGAGUGUAUAGCACGACCAAGGGCCCCCUGAUGUCUCGAGAACUGACCCCCGAUCCAGCUUCGUUCGUGCCGGCCAACCCCGUUCGUUCUUACCUGGUCGCCUCUUUGACGCUUUCGCCUCGCUCCACGAUUAUUGACUCCGACUGUUCUGGACUCGACCCUGCCCCCACGUCAGUCUCUAUGUGA